UUUCUCCUUCUGGGGUGCGAUGAUGAUGGAUUUAUUGAAAUAUAUCAUGGGAAAAAUUAUUUUUUUUCAUAAAAUAACAAGUAUUAUUUAUUUUCUUAAUCAAUUUAUUAAUUUUCUUGUUCUAAGGUUCUAUCAGCUAUGGAAAAUAAUGAAUCAAUUGCUUUUAUUAUAAGAAAAAAAAUAAUGAAUCAAUUAUUUUCAUUCUAGUACAUAUGAUAAUUUCUUUUUCUUUCUCUGUAAAGACACACACACAGUACUCUCAUAGAAUUGAGUCCAACAACCAAAUUUAAGUUCUUGUUCGAGAAUCGGAUUAUUAGUGAAUGAGAGAAGAUCAUGAGCAGAAAAAUUGGGAUAUUUGCGAACAAAUUCUGUCUCAAAAGCAUUGAAAUAGCAAUAGAAACUGAAUCUUGGGGACAAAGGGCAGCAGCUAUACAUGAUGGAAGAAAUAGAAAAGAGCGGUACUGGAAGUGAACAAGAACAAGCUGAAAAUAAUUCUUUACUGUCUUCUUCACAAAAGUGUUCGUCCUUCGAUUUAAAUGAAGAAGCUAGCAGUGAAGAAGAAGAUGGAAGUGCCGAGGAAGAUGAGAAAAGAACAGAAGGGAGUUCAUCAGCUAAUAAUAAUAAUUCUUCCAUUGAAAAAAAUGAACGAAGAACUACUGUUAGACAAUAUGUUCGAUCCAAAAUGCCACGGCUGCGAUGGACUCCUGAUCUCCAUCUCUCUUUUGUGCAUGCUGUUGAAAGGCUUGGUGGACAGGAGAGAGCAACUCCCAAGUUAGUUCUUCAGCUAAUGAAUGUGAGAGGGCUUAGCAUUGCCCAUGUAAAGAGUCAUCUGCAGAUGUAUCGAAGUAAGAAGCUUGAUGAGGCUGGGCAAGUACUAAGUCAUGCAUACAGAUCCAUGCAAAGAAGAGAUGGCAUUAAUUCAGGCAUGUUACACCAAAUUACAACAGCUCCUCAUCAACAUUUUAGAAUGGAAAAUGGUGGAAUUGUUUUAGCUAGAAAUUCUAUUCAUCAGAAUACUUUUGGUCACAAUCUUUUGCACUCUUCCUUCUCCCAGCCCCAGAGACCACUAAGUUUCAAAGCAAGCUUCUCAAGGCGUCAAUAUUGGAGUUCUUAUCAGCAUGAUGGAAGAAGGCAAAUAAGCACUUUGACAAGCAAUGAUGUUGAACAAGGAUUGGAUACAACGAUGCAAAUUGGGCCCCUGAGACCUAGUAGAUUUCUUGAAGAAAGGCGAUGGCCUCCGUUGGAAAUGAUUAAAAAUCGAUGGAAAGUUACGAAAAAUCCCACUGAUAUUACCUGCCCUAAUACCUGCUCUGAACCUGAACCACAUCAAAUCGGUAACUUAUUACCAAGGUCAUCAGCUGGGGCAACUUGCUAUUGGAAACCAACCGAGCAAUCUUUAUUCAACUCGCACGAUUCUAACAGUGAUUUCAAUCGUCGUAAACUAACGUUUGAACCCCCAUUUCGGCUUGAGUUGAAUCAAGAUAAAGUGUUGAAGGAUAAUAAGGAAUGGUUGCCAGAUUUGCAGCUGAGGCUAAGCCAAAGAGUGGGAAUCGAUGAGAAUAAGAGUAGCCAUUGUAGAAACAAACAGGAUAUAAGCACAAAGCUUUCGCUUUCUUAGUGCCAACAAGAAGAAGAUUUUGAAAGAAAAGCAAUAAAGCGUAGCAUUCCGUACGAAUACAUUUGCAGCAAAGGCCCACACGCAGAGGCUGAGUACUUGGGAAUAUCUGACUGUAUAUGUAGAAAGAAAGACAGAAGAGUGAGAUCUUUUUAAGUACUUGUCUUGGAACCUUUACGCGCUUUUGUUUGUCCCUGUUGGUACUGAAUCAGUUUUGAGUGAAAUUAAGGCAAAUUUCUUGUAUGCA